AUGGCUACCACUUUUUUCCGUACCACUGCUCGUACCGCCCUGCGCGCCGGAGCUCCGGCUACUCCUAGAGCUGCGGGCGUUGCGGGCUUGACAUUUACUCGUGGCAAGGCCACUCUGCCUGACUUGGCUUAUGACUAUGGCGCCCUGGAGCCCAGCAUCUCCGGCAAGAUCAUGGAGCUUCACCACAAGAACCACCACCAGACCUAUGUCAACAGCUACAACGCCGCCAUCGAACAGCUCGAGGAGGCCGUCGCCAAGGAGGACAUUACGACCCAGAUCAACCUCAAGCCCCUGAUCAAUUUCCACGGUGGUGGCCACAUCAAUCAUACUCUCUUCUGGGAGAACCUUGCCCCCAAGAACCAGGGCGGUGGUGAGCCCCCAUCCGGAGCUUUGGCUAAGGCCAUCGAGGACAGCUUCGGCAGCUUGGAUGAGUUCCAGAACAAGUUCAACACCGCCCUGGCUGGGAUUCAGGGAAGCGGAUGGGCUUGGCUCGUUAAGGACAAGCAGACCGGAAGCAUCGGCAUUAAGACCUAUGCCGUAAAACCAGGACCCUGUUGUUGGCCAGUUCCAGCCUCUUCUCGAACCGCAAGGCAGAAUACUUCAAGGCCAUCUGGGACGUCAUCAACUGGAAGGCCGUGGAGAAGCGCUUCUCAAAGCCCGGGAGAGAGGCGCGGAGGCUUUCGGGCAUUCUUCGCCAGCGCCCUCCGGCCCAAAAAAUCCCGUCAGGUACUCCGCAAGGGCUUCAGCGCAUCUACGCCGAAUCUAAGAGAAGGUCUACAAACCAAAGAUGGUGUUCCAGAAAUGCCUUCGCUGGCCCCAUUGCAAGCUCAUCGAAUCAAAUACCAAGAAGCGAAUCUCCAGAAAGACGCACAGCUUGGUGAAAACCGCGACCAUACCGCAAUGCUGCAUGCGAUCGGCGUCGGAGAGCUAGAUCCUUCCGACCCCAACGCGCAACUAUACGAAGUCGACCAUCGACCACCGGGUGAGCCCGUGAUCGCCAGCUUAACACCGGAACUCUGGGCGAGGGUCACCGAGUAUCUAAACCCCGCCGAAAGAGCUAGUCUCGCCUUCUCCAGCAAGACGCUGUUCACUCGACUGGGCCCCGAGCCCUGGACAACGAUAAACCUCCCAGAAAACCACGACUACAAAGCGGACUUCCUCAUCUCCCAAGACAAACUAGUCCCACACCAUCUCCUCUGCUUCCCCUGCGGCAAAUACCACCGUCGCACCCAAGAAGGCUACGAAAAACUCCAACCCGCAGACGUGGUCAACCCACUCUUCACAUGCCCCAAUGCACGCAACAACGCCCGCCCCACACCACGCCACCGCAUCACCCACGGCCGAGUCCUCUACUUUACCUUCUACCAACUCGUCAUGCGCGCCCACCGUUUCGGCCCCCGCUACGGCAUCCCCCCGGAAUCCCUAUCCCGCCGCUGGCGCCGGGAUGGGUGGUCUCACCAAUCUAGAUACCACAUCCACCAAGGCCGCCUGCUCAUGCGGGUCGUGAGCACCUGCUUCGCAGACCCGGGCCUCAGCACCUCCCAACAACGACUCCUCCUCUAUUCGCGCGAUGACUAUUGGCCCUACUUCUCAGUCUGCGCGCACUGGCGCGAUGGCGAACUCAUGAACGUCUGCAAAUGCGCCCUCUCCCACAUCCCCGUCCCCCGUGCUACAGCCGGCCUUCAGGGCCUCGAGCACCGCGCAAAAGACAUGUACCAUGGCCGGUCCCACAAUCCCAAUGCGCUUGCCUCGCUCUGCGGCAAGUGUCGGCCCAUGCGCCGCUGCCCCGAGUGUCCCUCCGAGUACCUGGUUGAGGUGAAAAUCACCGAGGACCGGAGCAGUUCGCAUGCCAACAUGUUCCGGCAUGCGAUUGUAGUCACGCGGUGGAGUGAUUUGGGGAAUGGGCUGUCGCCGCGGCUGUCGAAGGAGUGGGCAGCUGUUAAUGGGGAUGAGGCGGGCGAGGGAUACGACUCGUUUGCGCUCAUGGGGAAGAGGAGUAUUUCGGGGACGUUUGAGUCGGCUAUUACGGAUGACACGUUGCCCGGGCAGAGGAUUAUUUCGAUGAAUCCUAAGGGGAAGAAGUUGGGGGAGGCUGGGAAUAACUGGUAUUGA